CUAAGUCUGAUGCUAUGAACGACAUUAAUGAAAAUUUCUUUCUAUAAUAUUUUCACAAGCCAAAAUUAUUCUCUGAAAUAGUUGUUUGUUUGCUGUAGCUCUACAGAUUUGACCUCGACAGGGUUGUUAAAAGCUCACAUCUAAUCUCGUGAAUGCAUCAUAUUAGUCUCAAGAAUGACGUUCCUUUGCUGCAGAAGUGACUCGAUUGAUGAAAAUCUUGCUUUAAAGCAGGCCAGAGUACUCAUCGAGGAUGCCGAAAAUUACCGUUCGAUAAAUCACAAGCUGGACAAACAUAGUUUGAUUAUGUAUGAAUUGUCGCACGGUCUGCGUUUAACGAUACUUCAUCGAGCUUCCUUAGUGAUAUUGUUCUUGCUUCCAUUCUUCGAAUGGCCUUCCUCCCUGACAAUGUCGUCCGAUAUCAGGUUGAAACUAAAACCUCCAAAUCUACCAUGUGGAGUCACAGAAGGAAUAGAGUUUUUGUGUUUGUUGAUCAUAUCUAUCCAAUCAAUUUUGCUGUAUUAUCGCAUUCGUCGUCUUAUUCGGCCGUAUUUUCUUAUCAGUAGCUCACAAUUAAUGAAGAAAGUUUUAAAGUGUUACAGAAGAACACUGCCAACACUUUUUAAUCUUCUAUUCUUGCUGGGAUUUUGGUUAAUUUCGGCUACUUUAGUUGCAAUGUGCGUUUUCAAUAAACCAAAUCGAGAUUUAACUAAGAAUAGUGUCGUCAAUACCACAACUACUGCAUUCACUGACUUUUACGAUACAUUAUUCAGUCUUUUGGUACUUUUAACCACAACGAAUCAUCCUGAUAUUUUAAUUCCACCAUAUAAUGGAAACAGAGGAACAGCAAUUUUCUCAAUUGUUUAUCUUGGUGUAGGAUUGUAUGUACUUUUGAACAUUCUCACAGCUGCUGUAUAUAGUGAGUUCAGUGGUUAUUUAAUGUCUUCAGUACAAACGCGUUUGAUGAGACGUCGAGUUGCAACAAGAGCAGCUUUUGAAGUAUUAAAAUAUGAACAUAACGGCAUAGAGCUAGUAUCAAGUGAUGAUAUAGUUGGACUAAUUAAAACUGUUCACAUAGAUACCUGGAAAAAAGAUACACUACGUCAAGUAUAUUUCAUGAGACAUUGUCAUGGAAAUAUUAAUGCAAAACAAUUUAUGCAAUUAUUUAAAAUAUUGGAUUUAUCGGGUCCAUCAAAUCAGUCAAUACCUGAACAAAUACCAUCUCUUAGAGUGGCUCGUAUAUUUCAAACAUGGAUUAUGUCAAAAGGAUUUGAGCUGGUUCGAAUUAUAAUAUCAGUUUUCAAUGUAGUAUUUUUAUGUGUGGAUAUAUCUUACAGUCUUUCAACUGGAAAGUAUCCUGGAGUUAUAAUGCGUAUAAUAAGUUGGGGUUUCACAAUAUUUUAUGUAUUUGAACAAAUUUCUUUUCUGUGGGCAUAUGGUCAAAAAGCAUUUUUUUCAAAAAAAUCUAAUAUAUUUGGAUUAUUUAUAGUAGCUAUAAUAUUUGUUGUUAAAUUAAUUGAAUUAACCCUGUUACUUAUGAGCCAUCAAAUGCAACAUAUUUCACAAUUUAGAAUGACAAUCUGGAACAUUGUUCGUUUAAGUAAUAUCCUCUUAUUAACACGUACUACUAGACUAAUUGUUCUGUUUCCUUGGACACGAUUAGUUGUCAGUGUUUUAGCUGAUCUGCCAAGUAAUCUAACCCCUGUUCUUGGAAUACUCAUAUCAGCAUUUUACUUUUAUGCAUUAUUGGGUAUGAAUUUAUUCCAUGAUGUUAUUAAAUAUCACAAUUCCACAAAUUCAUCAAAUCCAGAAACCUAUCAAUGUGGGACUUACCAGGAGUUGCAAUACUGGUCUAUACAUUUUAAUGAUUUUGCUGCCAGCCUUGUGCUUUUAUGGGAUUUAAUGGUAGUCAAUAAUUGGCAAAUAAUUGUAUUCGCAUAUCAACAAGCCGUGAACAGAUGGGUUCACAUUUAUAUGAUUAGUUGGUGGCUAUUUGUUGUCAUUGGAAUACUCAGUUUAACUACUGCAUUCAUAAUCGAGGACUGAAACGAAUAAACGGGAUCUCGACCGAUGGAAAAUAUUUCACGAUACGAUGUGGCCAAUCAAUGGCUACUCUCGGGAUUAAAUAAUUGACGUUUUCUAUCAAUCAUACUGAUAUCGAAAAACAAAGCAACUAUACAAUAUGCCAGAUUUUCUCUUCUAACAAAGUAACACAUAUAUAUACAAAAUACUGAACAUAAAACUAACUGCAUUUGCUAAUUUUCUCUGUGACCAUGAGUGAUUUUAUUUCAAACUAUAUUUCUCUCUCCAAAUAAAUUAAAUUUUUCUGUUUCCUAAUGAUAGGAAGCUAUUUUAGAAACAAAAAACAUUACUUAUCCAAAAAUGAGUUGCAAUAUAACGGAGAGUCAGAUUGUUUGAAUGAAGCCAUAACAACAGUUGAGGCAGAAUAAUAUGAAUUCAUAAUAUUUCAUAGUUUCUCAUCAGCUACUUCCAACUGUAUAUGGUACUAAAAUCUAACAUUGAGGUACGAUGUAGUGUGAAACAACUAACAUCGAUAACAGAAAGAACUGGGAUAACAAAGAUUCUCAAUAAUAACUAUAUACAUAUAUCUGUGUAAGAACAUAUGUAAGGUCAUUUGGAGAUAGAAUUUAAAAACAAGAGGUGACUGAGGUAGAAAUUACAUGAAGUCUGGAAACAUAUAGGACGAAGUGUGUGAUGUUUAUAGAGGUUGUGCAGCGUUUACAUAAGAUUCAUAUCACUUGAAAAUAAAUAUGUGAAACAUUUGGUUAUGAGUUAGUAAUUGUCUAGAAUAAGAACUUUAUAAGAUGGGUUACUAAUUAAGUAACCGGGAUUACAUAAGUUUACGGAAUUAAGUGAAUGAAAAAACCGAUAGUUGAAGUGAUGAUUUUGUGGUACAUAAAAUAAGAAUAAGUUUGACGAAGAUCACAUGAAAAAAUAAACGCUAGCAAAAUACUAAAAAUGACAAUGAUAAAAAAUAAUAAUUUACCAAAGUCGUGAUAAGUUGAUUAUUGUCUCUUUCUGGACAGAUAAAUCAGGUUCAAGUUUCCUUAUUACUACUGCUUCGGCAAACCGGAGAGAUGCUGCGUUUUCUUGUCUGCUAAUAAUUUCGAAGGGUUGUGGAAUUUCAAUGAUAUGUUCGGUAUCAGUUAAACUCCGUGCUAUUGCAUUAUUUAGAGACGUUGCACCUCUCAGCCUUAAAUUCUUUGGAGCGUGAUCAGAAACGCGAACCUGUACUCUUCUCUCUGCUCUUCCAAUGUAUGUACUUUGGCAUGUGCAUGUAAAUUUAUAAAUACAAUUGGAGUUACUAAGAAAGAAGGGAGUUUCAACUUUUGCUUGUUUGGGUGAGCAGUCCGGUUCAUAUAACGUCUUCAGUCUUGCUAAUGGAUAAGCGGCCUUCAUCGCGUCAUUCAUCCUGUAGUUAAUUAUUCUAGUGAUUUCAUCUCUUUUACAGCGCAUCAGGUUUUCACUUCUACUAUAUCGUGUUUAGCACGUACGUUGGUUUUGGCAUAUUUCUUGACGAAUUUCUUUGGAUAUGCAUUUUUACGUAGGCAAGUUGUAGUAAUAGCAAGUUCUUCUUCUAGGCUUGCGUCUUGAGCAAAGUUUAUGAGCGUGGUCAGGUUAUUUACUGUAAUUCAUCUCAACACAAAAUAUUAUUUCUUACUUCAUUUAUUUGAUAUUUGAUUUUUCUUAGGGAACAGGUGUUCAGCUUAAUUGGAGUUACUUGGAGAGUUUUAAUCCCAUCUUCUGGAUAGCGAGGGUUCUUCGGUCCCUAAUGUAUCAUUUAAUUUAAACUAGUAAAGAUUAAUUUAUAUGUAAUCCGAGGACAUAAUUGAUAAGCAUCGAUAAUAUUGGUUUUGUCUAGAAUCAAUUUUUGGAAUAAAGUAAAAGAAUUCUUUCACAUGGUGGAUAUUCGAAUAAGGCACAUCGAUAUAAAAAUGUUGUAGCUAUUAUAACAAAGCUGUAAAAUAAAAUAUACACUACAUGCUGCAAAAUAACUACCUGAAGAUAACCUUCCUUUUUUCAUUGUCAUUGUUACCAUAUUAUGUCGAUCGCUUUCUCUAUUUAUUUAUUUGUAUCCAGCUUGUCAUGCUAUUAUGGUAUAGCAACUUGGACUAUCUCACAUCUAAGCAGGGUUAUAUGUUGAUGAUGACCAACUAAUUGACUUAUCAACACUGAAACGAUUAAUUGAUAUAGAAUUAUCCUAUAUAUGUUAUAUUAUCUGAGAUUAACUAUUUUCAUUGUUUUAAAUUCAGAAAUUGCCAUAUUUUCAUAUUAAUCAAUAAUUUAUUCAAAUAGAGCAAGAACAAACAUUGAUGCAGAAUAGUGUGAAUUCAUAUUAUUUCGAGGUUUCUCAUCAGCUGCUUACAAACCAAAAUUGUGAUAGGAUUUUUUCACAUGGAGAUAGUGUGAAACAAUUGACAUAACUGGAUUACAAUAGUAACUAUAUAUAUAUAUAUAUAUAU